AGAUGCGAGCAACGAAAUGAAUUUGUGAGUACCGAAUCGUCAGUUACGAAUACAUGCGGUUUGCUCCAGCUCUAUUUUAGAAUGAAGUGUUUUCCAUUCGUGGCACGCAGAAAGAGGCGCAAAAUCUUCAGUUGUCCCCGGGCGCUGAAAACCCUAGCCAAAGAAUCUUUGCCCUAGCUACGCCUCUGGAACAAAGAACGUCUUUGAUAAGGUUAAUUCGUGUGACAAACCAAGUGACUGACCUUCAAUUUUGAACUUCCAACCAGUGUAUUGCGUCACUCGUUUAUCAAAGAUGACUGAAAUGAAUUUCAGAAUAAUUAUCGUCCAGCAGACAUCCGAAGAGGUGAAACUGGAAACUUGCGUUAAAGAAAUAACGCCAAAAAUCGAAGCAUGUGGUUUAGUUGUAAAUAGCUUAAAUUUUGUAAAUUUGCAAAAUGUUGAAAAUGAAGAUUAUGUUGAAGUCGAAGAAUUAAGUAUUCACGUACAAGCUAUAUUCCAUGAUAAUAUGAGACUUGAGAAAAGAGUCUUAUACGAAGACUUCUGUGAGAAAUGGAAAAAUCAGUAUCUUCCUAACCAUUGUCCAGUUCUUGUUCUGUAUGAAAAUGAUAGUUUCAUUAACAGAAGAUUAUCUUGUCAUUGCCGUGUGUCCUACAGUAAUAUUUCUUUUGGUGUACUACCUCAUAACGGCCUGUUUCUUGAGUAUGCAUCAUUUGAUAUUCAUCAUUUGAUAAAUUUGAAUUUUUAUAAAGUCGAUUUUUAUCAUGAUACACGAAAUCUUCGGAUAAAGUAUAAUAAUUACGAAAUGCGUUCGAGUUAUGAUAAUAUCAGAAAAAUAUUUAUCAAUAUAGAUUCUUGUCCCUGCGAAAUGUUUUUGGAUUUAUGCAACCCUUUCCUAAUAUUUAGGUUAGAAAAGAGGUGCAAUGACACAAAUGAAGAGUAUAGUGUGGAUCAUCGCGCAGGAGUUCUUCCUUCCAAUGGAAGUAAAAUAGAUACUGAUACUUUGGGUCGAUCUAACGUUUUGAAACUUUCAAUAAAUGACCUUGACAUUGUUAAAGAAAUAAUCGGUAGAAUACACUUCCGCUGCAGUGAGAAGCCUAUUCACUAUUUAAACGUCACAUCAAGACGGAAAAAACUCCCACUUGAUCCUGUAAUUGAUUUUUUUCACUUUGGUUGUACAUAUACACUAACAGCUAUAAUCAAACGAAACUUUACUAUGAUUGAACAGACAACAAAUAUUAAGGCCGAGAUCACUCGUCUAGAUACAUUAUGCAACAAAGAUGGAGACUGUUUGGAGAAUGCUCUAAUAAAUAUUUUAAAAGCUGUUGAUUCUGGACUGAUAGUUAACUUAUGGAUCGAAGUUCAAAAGCAGUUCACUCAUUAUUUGAACAGUAAAGAUGAAAUUAAUUAUAUACAUUAUAUAGUGCCUUUAAAAUCGAGGAUGAUUCGCCGUAUUACAUUGACUCCUACGAGGCAAAUUUUAUGGCCUCCAGAAAUAAUGUUUGAAAAUAGGGUUCUACGUAAUUUCGAUUCGGAAUAUGCGUUACGAAUAUCCUUCCGAGAUGAUAAUAUGAAGAAACUAAGUUAUUGUGCUUCUUAUGCCGAACCAUGCAUACUUCAGUCGGCAGUAAAAGAACCCAUGCUUGGAGGUAUUCGUAUUGGAAAGAGAUUAUAUGAAUUUCUGGCGUGGUCUAAUUCGCAGAUACGCGACCAUGGCGUAUGGAUGUAUGCUAGAGAUCGAAAUGGAAACACUGUUAGCGAUAUACGAGAAUGGAUGGGAGACUUUUCCCAUAUUCGUUCUGUUUCGAAAUACAUGGUUAGAAUGGGGCAGUGUUUUUCACAGACAGAGGAUGCUAUUUCAGUUCCGCUAGAUCCAAGCCAUAUUCGAACUGAGGAUGAUAUUGAAGACGGAAUUGAUUUAGCAAAUUUCAAACCUUACUGUUUCUCCGAAGGCAUUGGAAAGAUUUCCGUUCAACUGGCAAAUGAGGUAAGUGCUCUUCGGUCUUCAGCCGCGGCACUUAGUAGUACAGAGCGAGAGUGCUGUGGUGAGAGCGAUCAGAGUGAAACAAGACGUUACUAUUUGGAACAAGACAUAUAUAUCCUUGGACUACGAGAAUUCCAUUCCCACUCUCCUUGCCACCCUGCAGACUCCGAUAUAGGAGCAAGGUGUAAUCCCCCACUUGUGUUACAAUCCACAACCGUCUAUACUGGCUCCAAAGGAGAGCUCGGGACCGCCGUGCCUG